AGCCCAGUGAAGCGAUACUCCAUAGCCCAAGCAGCCCCCUCCGACCUGCAAUCUGCAGCCGGGCUCAGUCAACUGGAAUCGAAGUCCCAUUCUCUUGGAUGGGAAGCAAUCCAAGCAUUGAUAGAGCCAAGGUUUGCGCAACACUGGAAGUUUCCCAGCGAGAAAGAGAAGAAUCGGUUCUUUGCUCUAGGGUUUUCCCGCGCCUUUAGUCAAUUUUUCCCCCUCACGCUUAACGAGCGGGUUGAAGUGACAUGCAUGAUUCAUUAUCUGGUACUGUUGAUUGAUGAUCAAUUGGAUAAAAUGAAUGCGGCCGAUAUGCUUUCAUAUCGAGAACUUAUAAUGCAAAUUGCUCGAGGGAAAGCGGAACCAGACAGAAAAAUUUGUGUGGAAUGGAUGCUUUCUGAUACUAUUCAGUCUAUGCGAGCCAUUGAUGAAAUCCUAACAAGCGAUUUGGUGGACGGGUUUUGUACGCUGUUGCAGAUGCAAACUGCACCGGAACGCACAGCUAUCAAGCACUUGGGCCCAUAUCUCGAGCGUAGAGAGAUAGACUUUGGCAGACCGUUCUAUACAACGCUUAUUCGCUUUGGCGCAAAUUUACACAUCACUCCUAGCGAGCUUCAUGAAACAUCCGCCCUUGAAAGCACCGCUUUCCGCUUCAUGGGAGUUUUGAAUGACGUGUACAGCUGGGACAAGGAGUGGAAGGCAUACCAAGAACACUUGACCGACGGAGCCCAACCAUUCUCGGCCGUUCAUGUGCUGGCACAGGAAACAGGUCUCCCGUACCCUGCUUGCAAGCGUCUGAUGUACCACUACUGUCGAGAAUUGGAGCUCGUUCUGAAGCAGUCUGCAGCGGAAAUUAGGGAAAGUGCUGGCGGUGCUUUACGGCCGGAGAUGGAGAAAUACAUCAAGGGCCUUGAGUACUUCAUGAGCGGGAUGGAGGCAUGGAGUCAAUGGACGCCGCGCUAUCGAUGA